GCACACACACCUCACACACACACACACACACACACACACACACACACACACACACACACACACACACACACACACACACACACACACAUGCACACACACACACACACACACACACACACACACACACACACACACACACACACACACACACACACACACACACACACGCUACAGUAGCUCAGACAGAGCCACAUUUUCUCAGGCUGCUCCACAGACUGACAGCAGAAAACGGAGGAGGAGAGCGAGAGAGAGAAGGAGAGAAGGAAACAAGGGAAAUGUACCGAUCCAGGAGAUUCAAACAGCAGAAACCCAUCCUGUCUUUGCUGUUCAUCAAUUUAAACACAAUAAUUAUACAACUCUUCAUUAAUCUGUAACUGAACUGGGACCUGCUCUGCUCUGCUGAGAGACCUGCUCUGCUGAGGGUCCUGCUCUGCUGAAGGACCUGCUCUGCUGAGAGGCCUGCUCUACUGAGGGACCUGCUCUGCUGAGAGACCUGCUCUGCUGAGGGACCUGCUCUGCUGAGAGACCUGCUCUGCUGAGGGACCUGCUCUGCUGAGAGACCUGCUCUGCUGAGGGACCUGUUCUGCUGAGGGACCUGCUCUGUUGAGGGACCUGCUCUGCUGAGGGACCUGCUCUGCUGAGAGACCUGCUCUGCUGAGGGACCUGCUCUGUUGAGGGACCUGCUCUGCUGAGGGACCUGCUCUGUUGAGGGACCUGCUCUGCUGAGGGACCUGCUCUGUUGAGGGACCUGCUCUGUUGAGGGACCUGUUCUGCUGAGGGACCUGCUCUGUUGAGGGACCUGCUCUGCUCUGCUGAGGGACCUGCUCUGCUGAGGGACCUGCUCUACUGAGGGACCUGCUCAUUCUCCAGGACUAUGGCACCACAUGUGGUACAUGGAGUCUCUCUUUCACAGCCCUGGUGUCUUCCUCUCCUUUUGCUCCUUCUCUCCCUGUAUUCCCUGACGGCCGCAGGGUUCAACCUGGAUACUAGCAUGACUCUGAUCAAGGAGGGGGAGAAAGGGAGCUUUUUUGGAUUUUCUGUAGCACUUCACCAGCAACUCACCCCAGAACCACACAGUUGGAUACUGGUGGGGGCUCCCCGGGACAGAGGACUGGGCCUCAUGCGGAGACAGCGUACUGGCGCCCUGUACCGCUGUCCAAUCACAGGCGAGGAGUUUGACUGCGAGCGUGUGGACAUCGAUGGAGACGUAAACCUCGACAGGGAGAGCAAGGACAACCAGUGGCUAGGAGUGACAGUCAAGAGCCAGGGGAUUGGAGGAAAGGUGGUGACCUGUGCCCACCUGUAUGAGCUGCGUCAGCGUGUGGGCCUGCCGUCUGAGACACGUGACCCUAUCGGGCGUUGCUAUGUCCUGAGUGAGGACCUGACAGAGAGGGACGACAUGGACGGAGGGGAGUGGAAGUUCUGCGAGGGGCGACCCCAGGGACACGAACAGUUUGGCUUCUGUCAGCAGGGCCUGUCUGCCGCCUUCACACCAGACAACAACUUCAUCAUGUUCGGCGCUCCAGGAACGUACAACUGGAAAGGAGAGAUGCGUGUCCAGCUGCUAAACCAGACACUGUUGGAUCUUGGUUUCUAUGACGACGGGCCUUAUGAGGUGGCAGAUGAGAAACAGCUGAAUGCUCAGCUGAUCCCCGUUCCCUACCAUAGUUACCUGGGUUUCUCGGUGGACUCUGCUAACGACAUAACGAGCCAUGGGGAGCUGACCUUCGUGGCAGGGGCUCCGCGAGCCAAUCACACGGGAGCGGUUGUGCUACUGCGUAAAGACAACGUGUACCGCCUGGUGCCACAGCACAUCCUGUGGGGAGAGGAGCUGGGUUCUUCCUUCGGGUACUCUGUGGCCACGGCUGAUCUCAACAGUGAUGGCUGGACAGACCUGAUAGUGGGAGCUCCCAACUAUUUUGACAGGAAGACAGAGAUCGGAGGUGCUGUGUACAUCUUCCUCAACCGAUUCGGUAACUGGGAGUACGCUCAGCCAAUCAGGCUCAACGGAACUCAUGACUCCAUGUUUGGACUGACCGUCAACAAUGUGGGAGACCUGGACCGGGACGGAUAUGAUGACAUCGCUGUGGGGGCUCCGUUCGAUGGAGAUGGGAAAGUGUUCAUCUUCCGAGGCUCGUCCUCGGGCAUCGACACCAAGCCUGCACAGAUCCUGGAAGGGGUGAACGAGGGGGUGAAACGGUUUGGCUACUCCAUCUCAGGCGGCCUGGACAUCGAUGGGAACCUGUACCCUGACCUGGCAGUAGGCUCUCUCGGCGAUAAGAUGGUUCUGUACAGGUCUCGCCCCGUCAUUCACGUGACGCGGGAUGUAUCCAUCGAACCUCAGCACUAUAUUGACUUGGAGCAACACAACUGCAAGGGGAGAGAUGGAGUGUGUGUGGAGGUCAAAGUGUGCUUCACCUAUACUGCAUAUCCAGAGUCAUACUCACCAAACAUCACCCUGGUUCUACUCUUCGAGGCUGACACCGAGCGCAGGAAGCUGGGCCUGCCCCACCGUGUUAGCUUCUUGGGUCGGAGUGCACAGGAGGCGGAGUACACACACACUGAUGAGGUGGAGUUGAAGGGUCAACGCCAUCCCGCCUGCCGGAGCGCCACCUUCCAAUUACACGAGAAUAUCCGUGACAAGCUGCGUCCCAUCGCCCUGGCCAUCACCCACACUAUCAGACCCCCCAUGUUGUCCUCAGACACUAACCCAGAGGGACAACUGCCUCCCGUACUGGGUGUUGCCACCUCGAACACCCUGCACUCUGAGGUGAAUUUCCUGAGGGAAGGCUGUGGUGAUGAUAAUAUCUGUCAGAGCAACCUGAAGUUGACCUACCAGUUUGGAACCCGACCUAUAACCUCUGACCUCUUCACCCCUCUGCCAAAAGAUGAUGAGGAGGCGUCCGUUUUCUCUCUGUCUGACCAGAGGUCCGUGGUGUUGGAGGUGACUGUCACCAACAUGCCAUCUGAACCUCUGUACCCUGAGAAGGACGGUGACGAUGCCCAUGCCGCCCAGCUACUGGUGACCCUGCCAGACACCCUGUCCUACUCUGGCUUCAGGGGACAACAGGUGGUGUGUCAGGCCAAUCAAAAUGGCUCUCAGGCAGAGUGUGAGCUGGGAAACCCCCUGAAGAGAGAUUCUAUCCUGAAGUUCUACAUCAUCCUCAGCACCUCUGCUAUCACCAUAGAGACCACGGAACUCACUGUCAACCUCCUGCUGGCUACUAUCAGUGAGCAGCCAGACCUGGCCCCAGUCACAGCCGUGGCUAAAGUCGUCAUAGAGCUCCCUCUGGCUGUCAGCGGGGUGGCCUGGCCACACCAGCUGUUCUUCAGUGGUGCUGUGAAGGGGGAGAGCGCUAUGGAGACUCUGGACGACGUGGGCAGCGCUCUGGAGUUUGAGUUUACGGUGACCAACACUGGGCCAUCCCUGCAGACUCUAGGCUCUGCCUUCCUCAACAUAAUGUGGCCUCAUGAGCUGUCCAAUGGGAAGUGGCUCCUGUACCCCACCGCUUUUCACUUCAAGGGCCACCCAGAAACCCACUGUAGACCCCACACCUCCCUCAACCCACGGAAGUUCUCCCACAGCUCUCCUUCUGAAGACCAGCCACAGGCUACAUUCAGGAGGAAGCUGCGAUCCCACCAGGAAGAGGAGGGGCAUGUGAUGACCAAGGGCAGUCUGGGUAGGACCACGCCCGCUGUGGCUGCCUCCGAGAGACGGAAGUCACUCAAACUGGACUGUCUGCUGGGUUCAGCGCGUUGCGUCCUUUUCCAGUGUCCUCUCCUCAGCUUCUCCGGCUCUGCUGUCCUCAAGAUCCAGGGACGUUUGUGGAACAGCACCUUCCUGGAGGAGUUCUCAUCAGUCAGUGCUCUGGAGCUGCUGGUAAGAGCCAACAUCACAGUCAAGUCGAGCAUCAAACACCUGGUGCUGAGGGAUGCUGCCGCACAGAUCCCAGUGAUGAUUUACCCAGAGGUUGGUCUGACUGCCCAGUACUGGAUCCCCUGGUGGUGGAUUCUCAUAGCCAUCCUGGCUGGUAUCCUGGUGUUGUCCCUGAUGGUCUGCAUCCUCUGGAAGUGUGGUUUCUUCCGUCGGAUCCAGUAUGAAGACCAAGUGCCUCAGUACCAUGCGGUGAAGAUUCCCCAUCAGGACCUGCCCCAGUUCCAUGAGAGCCAGAAGGCAGGGGUCCUCCACAAGAAAGAGUGGACUACACACUGGAGCGACGGAACCUCCUGAUCGACAGCAACAACAAAAACAACAAGGAAUUGAAUAAUAACAAACCCCCGAUUCAACCCACAUGGCGCUCAAUUAACUCUGCGGUGUAAUAAAUGUGUGCACACAGACUGGCCGUGUACACUUGGGGCUACGUCCUCAUUCUUCACCCUUCUUCUGAAGUGGACUUAUUAAAGCUGACUACUCUCUCCUGCAUAUUUAUAUGGACAGUGAUGCUAACUUUCUACAUCGUCUCUAUAGUCCAGCAUUUUGGAUUUGAGAUCAAAUGUUCCGUAUGAGGUGAUAAUGUCAUCUUUCACUUGAGGGUAUUAUUUAUACAUAUCUGAUUUACCAUUUAGAAAUUAAAGCACUUUAUAGAUCUAGUCCCCCUCAUUUGAAGAUGUCAUAAGUAUUUGGAAAAAUUUCACUUAUAGUGUCAAAUGUAGUAUUUGGUCCCAUAUUCCUAGCACACAAUGACGACAUCAAGCUUGUGACGAUCCAAACUUGUUGGAUGCGUUAGAUGGUUCUAAAUACUUCUACAUGAAUGUGGAUGCUAACAUGAUUAUGGAUAAUCUGGAAUCAUGAAAGACGAUGAGUGAGAAAGUUACAGAGGGUCAAAGAUCUUUCCCCCAAGACAUGCUAACCUCUCUUGUUAUUGGUAAUGUUGAGAUGUUAGCAUGCUAACCUCCCUUGUUAUUGGUAAUGUUGAGAUGUUAGCAUGCU